GUGAAAUUUUCUUCCGCCUCCUUCUCUACUCUCUUUCCUCUCCCUCCUCCUCAAAUCUCCCGAGUGUCAGAGAGGAACGCCGGAAAAAUACCGGAAUUCGGUUCGGAGUGUGUAAAAAAGAGAAGGGAAUUGAUUUCGAGAUUAACGGUGACAUAGAUGUCGAUGGCGGUUGGGCCAGCGGUGUCGCCGACUGAUGGAGCCGCCCCGGUGCUGGGACCCGCAAUGAUGCCGAGGCCGGCUCCGGUGACGGUGGUAUCAGACGCCGUGGCGAAGGACGCCAUUAUUGGUUGGUACAAAGGAGAGUUUGCGGCGGCAAACGCGAUCAUCGACGCCCUCUGUGGGCACCUGACUCAGCUCAGCGGAGGAGGUGACGAGUACGCCUCCGUUUUCGCGGCGAUACACCGAAGGAGGAUCAAUUGGAUCCCGGUGCUCCAGAUGCAGAAGUACCACUCCAUUGCCGAUGUGAUGGUGGAGCUCCGAAACGUCGGGUCGAAGAAGGUGGAGAUGGAGGACCAGAAGGCCUGCGUAGAGAACGGCAACGUUUCGAGAACAGAGGAAAAUUGCAAGAGCGAGGAGGUUAAAUCGUGUUUGGACGAAGAGAAAGUGAAGGAAAGUGACGAGAAAGUGGCGGAGAGUAAUGGAAUUCGCGCCGCCGCCGACGAGGUAGCCGAUGAGGAGGCUUCGCCGGAUAGCGAGAUUACUGAUGCAGGUUCACAAGAAGCGCAGCUCAAUUCAGUAAACGAGGAAAUAUGCUCUAAUCAUGAUGAGUGUGAGGCACGUCGUACCCAGAUCAAAUUGACUAAAGGUUUCUCAGCAAAGGAGUCGGUCAAAGGGCAUAUGGUGAAUGUUGUGAAAGGGUUGAAGCUAUAUGAGGACAUAUUCGCUGACACUGAGCUCUGCAAAUUGACUGACCUUGUAAAUGAUCUCCACGCGGCUGGAAUUAAUGGAGAGCUCUCAGGCGAGACCUUCAUUUUGUUCAACAAGCAGGUUAAGGGAAACAGGAGAGAGCUUAUUCAGUUUGGCGUUCCAAUUUUCGGGCAGAUCAAGGAGGAUACUACAAGCAAUAUAGUGCCGAUUCCAGCUCUUCUCGAAGAUGUGAUUGAUCACUUUGUACUAUGGCAGCUAAUUCCGGAGUAUAAACGACCGAAUGGUUGCAUGAUCAACUUCUUUGAGGAGGGAGAAUAUUCACAGCCAUUCCUGAAACCACCGCAUUUGGACCAGCCCAUCGCCACUCUUCUCCUCUCUGAAUCAGCAAUGGCUUUCGGGCGCACCCUUCUGAGCGAUAAUGAUGGGAACUACAAGGGGCCGCUGAUGCUAUCACUGAAACAAGGGUCCCUUUUAGUCAUGAGGGGAAACAGUGCUGACAUGUCACGACACGUGAUGUGUCCAUCUCCUAACAGAAGGGUGAGCAUCACUUUCUUCAGAGUCCGAGUAGACUCCAACCAGUUCCAGUCGCCCCAAAGUCCAACAAACAAUGGUGCCAUGACUCUAUGGCAACCCGGGAUGGUAAGCCCAUACACGAUGCCAGAUGGAGCAGCUCCCAAUGGUUACGAGACAAUGGAUGUGAUGCCCAAAUGGGGUGUCCUUCGUGCUCCAGUAGUCAUGGUAGCCCCCGUUCGUCCUAUGGUAUUGAGCCCUCAAAAAGUCCCUCAAAGUGGUACAGGGGUUUUCUUGCCCUGGACCAUGGGAUCAAGAAAACCAGCAAAGCAUCUCCCACCUCGCGCCCAAAAGGGACGGCUUAUGGCACUCCCUUCCCCUGCAGAGUCCAGUUCUGAGCCCGGCAUCAGUGUCUAAUGGAAGAACGAAGAUCCGAAGUUAGUCAGAGGCAGCCCUGGGUCCAACAACGAUAUGAAUCAGCAUAACGUUCACGUUUGCAUUUGUGUUCUACACGAGUCUUUUCUUGAUGUACAAACAGAGCCUCGGUGCUGUUAGAAGAGUCCGUUUUUUUUUUUCGAUUUGUUUUCGCUUCUUUUGUCUCAGUAAGAUUAAGGUUGCAGGGGUGAUUACAGUACUUUUUUAUUGGAUGGUGUACGGCCUUCGUAGUUAGUAAGAGUAUCAAGUUUGUGGGGUGUGAAUUUUAGCUCAAGUAAAAGGAGCUGAAUUUUGUAUUAUGUUAUAAGUUUUUCAUAGAUAGGUUGAAUUAUUUUGUAUUAC